GCUGGUGGUGGGCAGGCGGGGAGGAUGCUCCCUGCCAGUCCCUGCCCGACACUAGCUGGGGAGGGGGAGGUAUCAGCUGCCCCAGAUCCCUGCUGCCACUCUCGUGGGUGCUAAUACCCCCUAAUCAGCUGUCAGUCACCGCGGACCCCGGCAGCUAUAAAAUACCCGGGAGCAGCUCCCUGGCUCCUCUCCUUGCAGCAUGGCAGCUCCUCAGGGCAAGGGGAGUCCAGGCCGAGAGCCGGGGGGCUGCGGGGUGCCAUGGGGGGCCCUGCAGGGACCCCCCCAAGCCCUACUGCCCUGCCCCUGCCCAUGCCCCUGCCCCGUGCUGGCCGGCUACAGCCUGCUGCCGCCCCCCCUAAGCUUCCUGGCGCCCUCGGUCUCGCCAGCCUACGAGGUGCCGCUGGGGCUGCCCGCGGAGCCGGGGCGGGUGAAGGCAGCGGCGCGGGAGAGCACUGGAGCGCUGAAGGCCUGGCUGGCACGGCACCCCAGGAACCCCUACCCCAGCAAGGGGGAGAAGGUGAUGUUGGCCGUGGUCAGCCGGAUGAGCCUCACCCAGGUCUCCACGUGGUUUGCCAACGCCCGCCGGCGCCUCAAGAAGGAGAAUAAAGCUGGCUGGGCACUGCGCGGUGCCUCGGAUGGCGAGGACAGCGAGGGUGAGGGCACCCCGCCAAGUCCCCCCCCUGGCCCCAGCCCCAUGCGGGAUGGGUGCGGGGGCAGCCCCGAGCGGGGUUCAGGCCCUGGGCAGGGCAAGCAGCCCCAAAAACCCAAGAUCUGGAGCGUGGCGGCAAUGCUGGCAUCUGCCACCGGUGAGAGCGGGUGCCCCCCAGGGGUGCCGGCGGUGCUGGAGCAGGGGUAGGGCUGGGGCUGUCAUGCUCUGACCCCAGGGGCCAGGUGGGGGCUGUGGCUGUGGGGAGGGGACAGCCCCAUGGCCGGGCAGGGGAGGACAGACGGCCACAGGAUCCGGCAGCUGCCCGGAUGAGGAGAGCAGGAGGUGUGGGCAGGGAGGGACAUGGAGCGCUAAUAAAUG